UGUAUUUUCGUGUGGUAAAGUUGUUUUGAGUUAUUUUCAGAAUAAAUCAUAAGGAACAAACUCCAAUUUACAAAAAAGUCAAAUAUUGUGAUGAUAAAAAUCAUGUUUGUGAUACUUUUACUUAUUGGUUUUUUAAAUCUUUAUUCUUCUACUAGUCAAAUUCCGGAGAGUUGUCCAAAACGUUUGCUUUCAAAAAUUCCUGAUAACCACCUUUAUCACAAAAAAAACAAGCCGAUUUAUAUUGGGCAUCGCGGUCAACCAAAAGUUUAUCUGGAAAAUACAUUGGAAGGAAUAAAAAGUACGGUUGAUAUUAAAGCAGACGGAUACGAGUUGGAUAUAUUUUUAACUAAAGAUAAAAAGCUUAUAGUUUUCCACUACGAAAAUACUUUAGACCUAGCUGGUGUCAAUAAAAAUGUAUCAGAUUGCACAUACGAUGAGUUAUUACAACUUAACCUCACAGAUAAUGUUAUCAGAGGCGGGAAAGAGUAUCGUUUCAAAAGCACAAGUAAAAUACCUUUGCUUGAAGAUGUUUUAACAGCAAUGAAAGAUACAGAUUUGUUGCAUGUCUUAGAGAUGAAACCAGAGUAUUUUGAUAGAAACGAUCAUUCACAGAGCGAGAUUAUUGGUCAAAAAGUUGCUAAGUUAGUGACCGAAAUGAAUUUAGUUGAGAAAGUUGUUGUAAUCUCGUUUGAUUAUAGAAAAAUUCGUGCUGCAAAAAAAGAGAAUGAAAACCUGGUCGUUGGAAGUUUGGUUAUGAAUGACUUUUCACUUAUUCCAAAAAGUAGCUGGGAUUUAGGUUUGUUUCCUGAAUUACAACAAUGCUUCUUUGAAGCUCCAAACAACACUUUAGAUUUUUAUCAUUUUUUGAUUGAAAGUGGAAUUUUAUUUAAAGCAGCUGGUGCAUCGUUGUUUAUUGCCGGUCUUAACGUGUACGAAGAGAGACCAUUGCCAAAUAACACAUUAAAAGUUUUAAAGAGUAAUUACCGCAAUGACAUAAAUUCAGGAUUUUAUACAGCUUACAGUAUGUACAACACCGAAGACCAAAAUUUAGCUUUUCAAACUAAAUAUAAAACACUGUCUUCACAAGGAGUUGAAAUUCUAAUCACAGAUGAUGUUGAGAGAUUGCGCAAACUUCUUCAAAAUUCUUCGGCACACAAAAAUAUUGCAGUUAGUUCAUAUUUUAUGGUUUUUUAUUUGCUAGCGUGUUCUUGGUUUUGCUAGCGUGUUCUUGAUUUUGCUAGCGUGUUCUUGAUUUUGCUAGCGUGUUCUUGAUUUUGCUAGCGUGUUCUUGGUUUUGCAAGCGUGAUCUAGCGUGUUCUUGGUUAAUGAUUGUUUACUUUUAAUAAUAAUAAUAUAAUUUUUUUUUAUUUUAAACUUGUAAUUUUUUAUUUUACUUUCAGAAAAUGUAACAUUUUCUAAUCAGA